UAAAACCCAAAGCGGGUUGCUCGAGUGACCAGUCAUUCACAUUCACUCAGUUGAAUCAGUCACCCAGUCAGUUGCAUCUCUAUCGUGCGGGAAUAAGCUCGUGUGCAUAUUUCUACUUCUUUUUAUUUUUCGAAUUUCGAAUUGAAUCGGAGAUAAUAAAUACUAAAUUUAAAUUUAUAAAAUAAUUGAUUGUUAGUAAUACAGUUGGUGUUCGUGUAACAAUGUCGUCCGAACGGGUAACUAACGGAAACGGACAUAGCGAAUUCCGAUACGCGAUGCCGACCAUGGAUAAGCUGAUGAAGUGCGUGCAGCAGAAGAGUGACGACACGGGUAACAAGGUCACCGUCGUCGGGUGUGGCCAGGUCGGCAUGGCCGCCGUCUUCUCCAUGCUUACACAGGGAGUGACGAACAAGAUCGCGUUGGUGGACGUGAUGGAGGACAAGCUGAAGGGAGAGAUGAUGGACCUCAUGCACGGCUCGUCCUUCAUGAGGAACGCCAAGAUCCAGGCCAGCACAGACUACGCGAUAACGGCGGGCUCUAAGAUCUGCAUCGUGACGGCGGGCGUGCGGCAGCGCGAAGGGGAGUCGCGGCUCGACCUCGUGCAGCGGAACACCGAUGUGCUCAAGAACAUUAUACCGCAGCUGGUGAAGUAUAGUCCUGACGCGAUCUUCGUGAUCGCGAGCAACCCGGUGGACAUCCUGACGUACGUGACCUGGAAGAUCGGCGGGCUGUCCAAGCACCGCGUCAUCGGCUCCGGCACCAACCUGGACUCGGCACGCUUCCGCUAUCUACUGUCAGAGAAGCUCGGCAUCGCGCCCACCUCUUGCCACGGCUACAUCAUCGGCGAGCAUGGAGACAGCAGCGUGCCGGUGUGGUCCGGCGUGAACAUAGCGGGCGUGCGGCUCAGCGACUUGAACCAGAAGAUCGGCACGGCGGAGGACCCGGAGGACUGGAAGCAGAUCCACGCGGACGUGGUGAAGAGCGCAUACGAGGUGAUCAAGCUGAAGGGCUACACCUCCUGGGCGAUCGGGCUCUCUCUCUCGCAGCUCGCCCGCGCCAUCCUCUGCAAUGCGAGUAGUGUGCAUGCCGUGUCUACCUAUCUGAAGGGCGAGCACGGAAUUGAAGAUGAGGUGUUCCUGUCGCUGCCGUGUGUGCUGAACCACCAGGGCGUGUCCGACGUCAUCCGGCAGCCGCUCACGGAGGCCGAGACGGCGCAGCUGCGCCAGUCUGCCGCCCUCAUGGCCAAGGUGCAGCAGGGCAUUAAGUUUUAAGCCGUUGGCGCCGGCUUGCAAAUAGCGAAUUUCGGAAGCAACAGCGUAGGCGUAGUACGUUUAAUACUUAACCGUUGAAUAGUGCCGAUUUUGCCAUAAUUAUAGUAUAUCCCAAUUGUGGUAUACACAGAUCCAUCAUUCUUCGCAAGACCUCACCGAGCUUUCUGUGUGACUUUGACAUAUCUAUCCCUAUUUUUAUUGUAGUUUGUUAGUUAUAAAACUGCUAAGAGCCGUGGUAGCCCAGUUGGUAGAAUGCUUGCCUCUCACUUUGAGGUCGCAGGUUCGAAUCCAGCACAGGCCUAAACCAAUGAUUGUCGAAUUUGUUUUCGAAUUCAUGUCUGGAUCAUAAAUUAUUAUCACGUGCUCAGCGGUGAAGGUGAACAUUGUGAGAGAAAAAAUGCUUUCGGAGAUAUGUGACCUAACCUGUAUUCCGCUGGUUUCCCCUUCGCGUGUUGGAAGAUCAGACGGGCAGUCGCUUCUGUAAAAACCGGCCCUGUCAAAUCUUCAGGUUAGGUAAGCGGACCCUGUGAAAAACAGGAUAAUGCUAGGGGGCUGAUGGUGUAGUGACGAAGGGCACUGUUCUUUUUUCGAACUCAAACUGUCCUUCAAAUAUUUUAUCAAAUGCGAAUAUUGUACGAUCAUAUUUUAGCUCUAGAAGCAUUUCCGGGCUUGUUUUGAUCGUUUCUUAGUAAAACUUAUACAAGGCAUUUGCUAUGCUAUGCAUUUAUGUGAGAGAUUUAUCGUUAUUUGAUCUUGUGGAAAAAAAAUGGACACUUAGCUAGCUAACUUAUGAAAUUUAUCUUUAUAAAAUGUGCAAUCGGUCUAUGGCAUCUGAAAAUCGUUAAGAUGAUUCGCUUACUAUCGCUUGGUCUGUUGUUGUGGUCGUGUCCUUGUAUAAGUUACGGUAAAAGGCUAAAAACAGUAAGUCCUAACAUUAUCCACUGCUCGCGCUUUUACAGUAACAUAUACAUAGGGCCCGAUUCCUGCACAUCUCCUAAUUUUAUUUUAAGUUAUACCUGUCACUUUGUUAUCCGCCGAAAAGAAAAGGGCUGAUUGACAACAGUUAAUUUUAAAUGAUGAAUGAUGAAAUGGCAUCUCGCUCGUAUGCAAUCCCUUUGACGUGAGGUGUCAAUUUAAUUCUGUCGGUUUAUUGGCCAAUAUAAAAUUUUGGAAGGGUUUUAAAUUUCGGCAUUAAAUUGACGUGUGUUUCAUAAAUGUUAUGCCGGUCGAUCUUUUUAUCGUGUCGAUGGCAAACCCGUCCCUUUCCUUUUCGGCGGAUAAGUAAAUUACAGGUACCUAUAACUUAAAAUAAACUUAGAUGAUGUGUAAGUACUUACUGGAAUCAUAAAUAUUACUUAGAUAAAGUAGCUUGUACCGUGAACGAACGCUAUUGUCUGCACUAAGUAUGGCGUCGUGAACACUAAAUGUUUGGUGGCCUCAUGUAACUUCUUAAGGUUUAAUUAUUCGUGCAUUUUAUAGAUUACUAUACUUAUAUGCCUGUCUUCAUGAAUUAUUAUGGUAGGUACAAAACUAUAUCAAUAUAGGGAGAUUAUACUUAAUUGUUAUUUAUUGCCUACUACGUUAAACAUUAAGGAGAUAGUUAAAAUUUUUGUAUGAAAUCCAGUAUUAUUUUGUUUGAAUUUUGAAUUUGUGGCAUUUAUUUUGCAUAGAACUUGGAAUCUCUUAUUUAUUUUUAUUGUAAAACAGACAAUGUUCCUUAGCUUUUGUUAAUGUUAUAAACAUUUUUAUAUAUUUGUUAUUCCUAGUUCUUAUACCCUAUGAUUUAUCUUAUAUAUAUGAAGUUUAUAUAUUAUAUACAUUACACGAAAUUAAUUUAUUUGUAAAAUAUUUUGUACAUUUGUAUCUUUCCAGCCUUUCCAGUGUCUAUUGAAAUGUAUUUUAGGAAU